AUGGGAAACCUACCGUCUUUUCGUAUUUCCCAAAUAAAGCCAUUUAGUAGAACCGGAGUAGAUUUUGCUGGACCCUUCCAGGUAAAAGCAGCAAUGAUUCGAAAAAUAAAGGUCACAAAGGCGUACAUUUGUAUUUUUGUAUGUAUGGUAACAACAGCAGUUCACAUUGAACUAGUUUCCGACCUAUCGACUCCAUUGUUUAUAGCUGCACUUGAUCGGUUUAUUGGACGAAGAGGGAGAUGCACAGACAUUUAUAGCGAUUGUGGAACGAAUUUCAUAGGAACGAACCGUUAUCUACAAGAAGUAUACUCCAUACUGAAAGGACCUCGCUGUGUUGAAAAUGCGGUAGAUAAUCAAAUCCGCUGGCAUUUCAACCCUCCAGCCUCCCCUCACAUGGGUGGUUUAUGGGAGGCUGCCGUAAAAUCAACGAAAACUCUUUUACUACGAAUUAUUCAAGACAGGGUCCUGACGUAUGAAGAACUUAAUACCGUACUGCACCGAGUCGAGUCAACCCUCAAUUCUCGCCCACUUAGUUCCAUGUCUUCCGACCCGAAUGAUUUCCAAGUCCUCACAGCAGGACACUUUCUAACUAUGGCACCAUUGGUAUCCGUUCCUGCACCCCAUGAUCCGGUUGAACUUAGCAGUAUAAGUAGGAGUAAACGCUGGUCAUUAAUACAACAAAUUCACCAACAUUUUUGGAUCCGGUGGCAGAGAGAAUACGUACUAUCCCUGCAUGAGAGAUCCAAAUGGACCCGUCCCAAUCCCAACCUCCAAGUGGGAGAUCUGGUAUUAGUGAACGAACCAAGUGCCCCUCUGACCUGGCCUACAGCCCGAGUGGUCGAAGUUCAUCCAGGAGCUGAUGGGAUCGUCCGAGUGGCCAAAGUAAAGCUGUCAACGGGAAAAAUCUACACUCGGCCCUCAGUAAAACUGUGUCCUUUACCCCUCUCUGAUUGA